UACAAUAAUAACAUAUCCAAAUGGAAGACGAAGCAUCAGUUUCAGGGGACUGGCUGAUGAUACUUCUUCUUCUCUUGUUUCUUUUUCUUGCUAAAUUCAUACUUGAAAGAAAUAAUAAGAACAACAAAAAUCUACCACCAAGUCCAACUUCUCUACCAAUCAUAGGUCACCUUCAUCUCAUAAAUCAACCCUUACACCGAAGCCUACACAACCUAACAAAGAAAUAUGGCCACAUCCUAUUCCUCAAACUUGGCACACGCAACGUUCUUGUCGUCUCUUCACCUUCCGCCAUUGAAGAAUGCUUCACAAACAAUGAUAUCAUUUUUGCAAACCGUCCCCAAACACUUGCUGGGAAGCAUCUCAACUACAAUUGUAAGACAAUGGCGUUUGUUCCCUAUGGCGACCAUUGGCGCAGCCUCCGCCGUCUAACAUCUCUUGAGCUCUUCACCGCCAACCGUCUUGCCAUGCUUGCUAGAGUCCGAGAGGACGAGGUUCAGUUGUUGCUGAAACAACUUUUUCAAGAUUGCAAAGCUCAAAACUUAAAGGUAGAACUAAGGCCGAGAUUUUUUGAGCUUUCUUUCAAUAUCAUGCUAAGGAUGAUAUCUGGGAAGCGUUACUAUGGAAAGGAUAUUGACGACGAAGGGAAAGAGUUCCAGAUUCUAGUGAAGGAGAUGGCGGAGCUUCUGGGUAGUGGGAACUUGAAUGACUUCAUUCCACUGCUAAAAUGGAUUGAUUUCCAAGGUGUGGAAAAGAGAAUGGUGAGGUUGAUGAAAAAGAUGGAUGGCUUCUUACAGAAAUUACUUGAUGAUCAUCGAAGAAAUAAGAGCAACAAAGGAAACCAACAAAAUAAUAUGAAUAAUCUCAAUUUAAUUGAUGUCAUGUUGGAUCUUCAACACAAGGAUCCUGAAUUCUACACGCAUGAAACUGUGAAAGGAGUCAUUCUGGCAAUGCUCACAGCUGGGUCCGAAACUUCAGCUACUACUCUGGAAUGGGCAGUGUCACUUCUCCUCAACAACCCUAAAACAAUGAAGAAACUUGAAGCUGAGAUAGAAACUCACGCAGGCCAUAGUAAACUCUUGAAUGAAUCAGAAGCAACCAAACUCAAGUACCUGCAAAGCGUAAUAACCGAGACUCUUCGCCUUUACCCAGCGGCUCCGCUUCUUCUACCUCACGAGUCUUCAAAUGAUUGCAAAGUUUGUGGUUAUGAUAUACCAAAAGGAACAAUGCUACUUGUGAAUGCGUGGACACUGCAAAGAGACCCUGAUUUAUGGGUGGAUCCUGCAAUGUUUGUGCCAGAGAGAUUUGAUCUGGGAGAUGGAAGUGGCGGUGGUGAUCACGUAGUUUAUAAUAUGGUUCCAUUUGGGGUUGGAAGACGAGUUUGCCCUGGAGCUGCUUUGGCAAAACGUGUUAUGGUACAUGCAUUGGGAGCAUUGGUUCAGUGUUUUGAGUUGGACAAAAUUGGAAAUGAAGAAAUCAACAUGAAGGAAGGACUAGGUCUUACCAUGCCCAAAGUUGAACCUUUGGUUGUGUUAUGCAGCCCUCGCCAACAAAUGAUUAAGAUUCUGUCCGAUAAGUAAUAAUUCAAGGUAUUAUAGUGUGCAUCUUGCUGUGACGUUAGAUUUUUAUUGGUUGAAUAAGGUGACGUUAGAUUUUUAUUCAUCAAUUUCUGCAUAGUAAAUAAACAUCCUACGAC